AUGAGCGAGACACUGGACAUGACGACGCAGCAAGCGACACCCGACGCUAGAGCUGAGACAGGCGCGACUUCGGACGACGAGGAGCAGCCGCAGCCGCAGCAGGUGAAGAGCGACAAAGAUGAGAGCAACGCCAUGGAGAAGCUCACGGACCUCGUGGAGGAGAAGCAGAUGGACGAAAACAAGAUGAAGCAGGCGUUCCAGGCGCUGUGUAAGCAGGAGGAAGCCAACAAAGAGGCGGAGCGGCUGCUGGAGAAGAAGCUGGCGGCAGUGAAAGUCAGCAAAGACGACGUGGCGCUCGUGGCGCAGGAGAUGGAGAUCUCGACGCAGCAAGCGGACCGCAAACUGCGCGAAGCCGACGGCGACGUCGUCAAGUGUCUGCAAGCGCUCGUUGCUGCUUGA